CUGACACACGUCCCCUGUCAGCAAACCUGCUGGACGGCGUGCCGCUGGCACCGAGGUGACGCCGUAGGGCCAAUCAGAGCGUUGGGAAAAGCCUGCGCAGUUUCCUUAGCAACUGCUGCUGCCUAGUCACGCCGUAAAGUAGGAGACAAAGGCGUAGGGCCCAGCUCUGGUAAACAGCGCAGCGCUGCCAUCAUCUUGGAUGCUACGUUAGAUGUAUGUUUUUUUUUCAAGACGACGACGACGACGGCGACGACACCCUGACAACCAUGAGCGGUUUUACUAGGCCCAGGGGACUCAAGAGACUACCAAUGACCAUGGCAACACACUUAAGAGCAUCCAAGCCUGAAUCAGAAAGAGACUCUGGCUUCUCAGAUGCUAGCUCUGGGUAUUUGAGUGCAGUUGACCUGACUGACUCUGAAGACACAAGUAGGACCACGUUUGCUGUAGGCCAGGAUCAGACCAAUCCCCAAGUGGCUGUGAUGGGAGGCUCCUACCCUGGUGUGUCUCCUAUGAUCAUCAUGAACAACUUUGUUGUAAAACAGCCAAAUCCUGUGGUUCCUGUUGAAAAGCAGUGGGGCUUUCCUUCAUCUUUUGAAAUGAUGCCACAGUCCCAGGUGGUCCUUCUCCAAGCCAUGGUAUCAAAUGGCAACAGCAGAUCCAUGAAGACUGGCUCCGAAAAUCCCAGACAAUCAAAGAACUAUAUACCCAUUCUUAAGUCAUAUCCUAAAAUUGCCCCCCACCCUGGGGAAAGCAAUAUAAAGAAACAAAGAUCUUUGGCUUUGAGGCGGGGUUCAACGCCAGGAUAUGACCAUCAACACCGGAGGCACCACCAUGGCCAUAGGCUCUUCAGCACUCCAAGCCCGCUGCCUGGAGAGCAGAUGUCAGUAAGAACUAUCUCAAACUUUGAAUCACCAAACACCCAAGCCGAAGCAACUGACUGUCAACAGUCACAGCUGUCCCAACCUACUGACAGGCCUCAUUCUCUGGAAACUGACACCGUCUCUGUACACUCCCAUUCACAUGAAUUUAGCCCAGGGUUGGAAACCAACAUAUGCCCUGAUGACCUCUCUUUGGAUGACAAGCAAAAACGAUUCAGCAAUACCUAUAACAUUCUCAACAAGUCUGGCCUGCUGGGGAUCACCUUGCGCACAAAGCAGCUGAUCAAGGAGAACCGGCGCACCCAGGGCCAGCUGCAGCAGCUCCAGGAGCAGACGGCUCUGCUGAUGGAGGCUCUCAGCAGUGGGAAUCCCAGGCUCUGGACUAAGCUCCAGCUCGCCCUACAGGACACGGCUGCAGCACAGCCUGAAGAGGAGCCACGGGGCGGAAAGCCUCAGAACAUCCCAGUAUGAGAUACAAGUGGAAGAGGUGACAAGCAUAUUAAACUCAAGCACAUCCACCGUUAACUAGAGGACUUUAGAAACAUGCUUACAUUUCAAACCCUUGCCUAUAACAAAUUACUAUUGCCUCUGCUGUUUUCAAAAUAGCAAUGUCACUUGCAAUAGGGCUAUGGCUUUUGCGAUGAACGAUCAAUUAGUGCAUGCCUAACAGCACAUGCAAGGAUGGUAGGAGUUCAUUCCUCAUUUAUGUCUUGAAUUUGAUUGCUUUAGGGAAGCUGUUGGCAUAAAUAUUUUUUGGACCAAACUGGAAGCUCAGUGAAAUAGACACAUGUGGCCUAUGUUUCAAUUUGCUCAUUCUGGAUGCAUUUAUGAUCAACAGGGAAAAUUAAUAUCCAUUUCACAUAUAGCAGCAAUCUAAACCAUAAUCUCUCAAUAUAACAUGCAUUUUUUCAUUUCAGGAAUUGCCUAUACUACACUGACGGUGUAAUCUGAUUUAUUCAUCAAAGAAGAAGCCCUUGUUGUAUAACUCAUUAUGAUUAUUAAGAGGGCUUGUUAAUCCAGUCAUGUUUUGUUUUUUUGCAGUUGAUGUUCAUCUUAUUUAUUUUGCAAUAAUCUAGGUAGCCAAGACUAGUGCUAUGUGAAGAAUUUUAAAGGAUACCAAGUACAUUAUGAGCCAUGGAUUAUUAGUUUUCCAGUUAUUGGCAAAGCUAGCUCCUCCAUAGAUGGUAUCAGUGCCCUGAAAGUAUGAAAUCUAAGCUUGUAGCAAGUAAAAGUGCUAUAACCGUACAUUUGCCUUGACAUGUGAUCAUUGCUAGCAUGCUCAUUGGUCAAUAUUUAUUGCAAUGUAUGAGGCAGAGAAAUGCAAGCUUAUAGUUGCUUACAGAAUUUGACAUUCAAUUCUGCACUUUAGCAUCAAGAUUAUUACUGUUUCGAGGGUAAGUUUGUUUCGCAGCUCUAAGCAGACAUUGUUUUCUCAUGGAAAAAAAAAACACAUUUGCUUUUAAUGUUUAUCCAGUUGCCCGUGCCUUUGAAUGUGUCCAUAUUUGUGCAUCAGUGCUUUGUCUACUUUAAGCCAAGUUUUAGGGAGCUAUCGCUUUCUCUUAUUUGAGCGCUAAAUGUGAAAAAUGGAAUUUAAAAAAAAAAAAAACUUGAAACUUCUUUAAAACUUAAAAGGAAGUGUACUCUGUGAAAUUAUGAAAUUUAAUGGCAGUGGCUGGAUUUUACAUCCAUCACUACUAGACCUAUUGUAGAAAGAGGACAAUGUAAGGAGUGUGUGUGUGUGUGUGUAUGCGGCAGCAAUGAGAUGCAAAAUGGCUGCUUGGUUAAUGCUACGUAAAUAAAUUAAUUAGUGUGACACUGUAAAAAGGUAAGGUAUAGGUACUCUAGGCUGUACCUGUAUGCCUAUUCUAGCUACAAUACACAUUUUGUUAUACGGUGGUGUCUAGCCAUAGAACACAAGAGAUAAGUUAAAUCAUCCUCCCAGACCUGGUUCCAUAAGGCCACGACGUGACAGUAAUAAAAAGAUCAUGUGCAGUGUUCAUACCGUAGAUUGCUGUCGAGAGAACAGCAUUUUUCCUGAUGUGGUGAUGUGCCCUUUUUUUGUACUUUUUUAUUCAUUGUCAUUUUCAUUGAUAAUGAAUUGAAAUUAAUAAACUGACAAUAAACAGUUUUGUUGGA